AUGUCUUCAUAUAAUCAUUUUAUAGAAUAUCAAAAACAAUUUUCAUGUCCAACAAUAGGGCAUCUAACCAACGAUCAAUUAUUAUUAAAAAAUAAUGAAACCAAUAACAACAAUAACUUUAAUGAUAAUAUCAAUGAUUUAAACACUCAAUGGAGAUUUUCUUUUCCAUUAGACCACCAUUUAAAUAGUGGCAAUUUUAAACCAAACCAACAACAAAAUAAUCAAACAUUACAACAACAUCAACAACAACCUAAUAACAAAAUUAAAUAUUGGAAAAAUGGUAUUAUACCAUUAAAUAGUAACUCUUUUAAAAGUUGUCCAAAUUUAUUAAACUCUUAUUCAAAACAUAAUUUAAAUAAAUACAACUCUGAUCUAUCAAUCACAAAUAGUAUAAAAGUAUUGGAUGAUCUUUUAGAACCAAGACCGGCAAGAAAAAAUACAAAAAUAGAAGAGAUGGUCAAAGGAAGAAUUAAAGAGAGAUUAGGAAAACUUUUAAAUAACGAACUAAUGGAAAAACAAGGUAAAGCAAUUGGUAAAGCCGCCUCAACUUACGAAGAUAAUAUUUUAAAGUCCAAAGAAAGAGCAAAAAAAUAUAUUUUGUUGUCACAAUCAAAUUCAAAUCUAAGCUCUGUUAUUAUUGUCAACUAA